GUACACGGCUACAUAGCACAGUUAGUCUAGUCGCAGCAGGCAGUUGCCGAGUCGAGAAAUAUAUUUGCUUCAGAUUGUAGUACUGACUAAACAUGAUUAAAAUGCGGUGUCUGGCAGCUGCCGUGCUAAUUUUCGGCUACAUUGCCACUACAUUAGCCGCCGAGAGUGACGUCCUGGACCUGGGGGACGACAACUUUGCAUCCACACUGAAGCAGCAGGAGACGACAUUGGUUAUGUUCUAUGCCCCCUGGUGCGGCCACUGCAAGCGCCUCAAGCCUGAGUAUGCCAAGGCGGCUGAGCUCGUCAAGGAUGAUGAUCCACCAAUUAAGCUGGCCAAGGUUGACUGUACCGAGGCUGGCAAGGAGACCUGCAGCAAGUACUCAGUGAGCGGCUAUCCCACACUGAAAAUAUUCCGUCAGGAUGAAGUGUCGCAGGACUACAGCGGACCACGUGAGGCCAUCGGCAUUGCGAAAUACAUGCGCGCUCAGGUUGGACCUGCCUCUAAGAAUGUGCGCUCUGUGGAGGAGCUCGCCAAGUUCCUGGACACCAAGGAGACCUCAAUCUUUGGUAGCUUUGAAGACAUUGACUCCAAGCUGGCGAAGAUCUUCCUCAAGUUUGCCGACAAGAACCGCGAGAAGUAUCGCUUUGGCCACAGCAGCGACGAGGAGGUAUUGAAGAAGAAUGGUGAAACCGAUAAGAUUGUGCUGAUCCGUGCUCCACAUUUGAGCAACAAGUUUGAGGCUUCCACAAUCAAGUUUGAGGGAAGCACUGAGUCCGACCUGACCACCUUCAUCAAGGAGAAUUACCAUGGCUUGGUUGGUCAUCGUACCCAGGAAACUUCACGGGACUUCCAGAACCCCCUGAUCACCGCCUACUACAGCGUCGACUACCAGAAGAAUCCCAAGGGCACCAACUACUGGCGCAACCGUGUCCUGAAGGUGGCCAAGGAAUUUGCCGGCCAAAUUAGCUUUGCCAUCAGCUCCAAGGACGAUUUCCAGCACGAAUUGAACGAAUACGGCUACGAUUUUGUUGGCGACAAGCCCAUCGUUUUGGCCCGUGAUGCCAAGAAUCUCAAGUACUCUCUGAAGGACGAGUUCUCCGUGGAGAACCUACAAGAUUUUGUUGAGAAGCUGCUGGCCGACGAACUGGAGCCAUAUGUCAAGAGCGAGCCCGUCCCAGAGUCGAACGAUACUCCGGUCAAGGUGGCUGUAGCUAAGAACUUUGACGAUCUGGUGAUCAACAACGGCAAGGACACGCUCAUUGAGUUCUACGCCCCAUGGUGCGGCCACUGCAAGAAGUUGACUCCCAUCUACGAGGAGCUGGCCGAGAAACUGCAAGACGAGGAUGUGGUCAUUGUCAAAAUGGAUGCCACGGCCAACGAUGUGCCACCAGAGUUCAAUGUGCGUGGAUUCCCCACACUCUUCUGGCUCCCCAAGGACUCGAAGAAUAACCCCGUAAGCUACAACGGGGGUCGCGAGGUCGAUGAUUUCAUCAAAUACAUUGCCAAGGAGGCGACCACAGAACUGAAGAGCUUCGACCGUGACGGAAGGCCCAAGAAGACCGAGCUCUAAGCUCCAGGCUCUAAUCUUAACUCUUACUGCUGACUGCGUCGUUAAUGUGGUGUAGUGGCGGUGUAACUAGCAUUUCCAUAUUUUUGUAAAAGUCGAAUGCAUUCUCUUCAAAUUCUUGAUGGGACAAAAAUUGUAUUAAAUUAUAUAUAGUAGUGAUGAUGAUAACGCAGAUGAACACAAACCCAACCCCAUGAAGAUGUCACAAUAAACUUAAAACUUCAUUUAUCUACUCAACAA